AUGGCUGGUCAGUUGCCACAUAAACACAAGGUAGUGAUUGCUGGAAACCAUGAUAGACUCUUUGACAAGAAUUUCUGGCAGGUGCCAGCUGACCCCAAGAGAGUCUUGACAAAUGCCACAUACCUGCAGGACCAGCACACCACAAUAUAUGGCAUCAAAAUUUAUGGUGCACCUUGGACUCCAGAGUAUCGUGACUUAGCCUUCAAUGUGCCCCGAGGACUGCCUUGUCUUCAAAAGUGGUCGCUCAUCCCCGAAAACACAGAUAUUGUUAUGACUCAUGGCCCACCAUGGGGGCAGGGAGAUUUUACAAAAGGAAAGAAACACGUUGGAUGUGAGGCUCUUCUGGCUGUUAUACAAAACAAAGUCAUCCCAAAGUAUCAUGUGUUUGGCCAUAUUCAUGAGGGCUAUGGUGUGACAGGAAAUGGCAAAACAGUCUUCGUGAAUGCUGCUAUGUGUAACAUCCACUACAAACCUGUGAACCCGCCUAUUGUAUUUGACCUGCCUCUCCCUCAUGGCUUUAGCAAAAAUGUUUGUUGAUAUUUGCUACCAUGGCCAACUUGUCUGCCUUAACCCCUUUAAAAUGUCCAAACGUAGCUUUACAUUUGCUCGCGUAGCGCUCUGAACGUAGAUCUAUGUUUUUUUUUUUUUACAUGCUUACCUAUGGAGAAAAUCAAGGUCAGAGUGCUAUGCAUGAAAAUGUAGAUCUACAUU